AUGCGUCUUCUCGCGGUUGCCUCGCUCCUGGCUGGUACCAGUCUUGUUGCGGCCUGGACUGAACUGUCCCAUGCGCAGUUCAUGAGCAAGAACAUCGAUGCGAUUGUGGUCCCGGGUACCUACACUUCGCACAUGCACACGUUCUUCGGGAGUGAUGCGAUCACCAAUGUUAUGCCUACUUCGGCCGACCUCCAGCAGGGCUGUUACAGCGGAGAUAACCCAAACGACCUCUCAGUCUACUGGGUACCGACCCUCUACUACGUCGACGGCGACACCUACACCGAGGUGCCGAUUUUCAAGUUCAGCACCUACUACACCAACAGCUACUCCGCGAUCGCCAUCCCGCAGGACUUGGCCAUGAUCUCCGGCAACGCCUCCGCGAAGACGCAAGCCGAAGCCGACCACCCCUACAACGACCUCGAAUGGUUCUGCGAGGGCUCGGACGAGCGCGAGGCCGACGUGGCCCGCAUGCCCACCAGCACCUGCAGCCAGCACCUCCAGGUGAACCUGGUGUUCCCGUCGUGCGUCGACCCGGCGAACAUCGCGGAGUACGACUUCCCGGACGACUCCCACACCUGCCCGGAGGGGAUGUCGUCGUUCCCGCAGCUGCGGUAUCGCGUCCUCUACGACACCAAGAAGGUGGCGCCGGAUGGGUGGAGCGGGGACGCCGCCCCGUUCCAGCUGAGUUGCAGCGACACCCCGGGGGACGGAUACUGCUUCCAUGCCGACUUUAUCAACGGCUGGUUUGCGGAUGCGGCGGAGAACAUGCUGACCAAGGGCGGAGGGGGCUAUGACGACGAGCAGUUCAUUGCCGGCGAGCAUGGCUCGGAGGCGGUGGAGGCGUCGUGCACGCCGACGGAUCAGGACCCGGAUCACGGCACCAGUGACUACCUCACCAGCGUGGAGAUGAAGGAGAAUGGCGGGGCUGUGGCCGAUGAUAUCAGUAGUAAUAGUGGUAGCGGCGAGGACUCUGCCCCUGCGGAGACAAGCCCGGUGGCUACUAUCCAGGCGGUUGCCACCGUUGCUGCAUCUCCAGCUGCUACGACUCCCUCAUCGGUCCGUCGGCCGAGCUGCGACGAGAUGGAGACCUCCCAGGGCCAGCAGGCAUGCGACCACAGGACCGCUCGGACCAUUGGUCGGAAGUUCCAGACGGCUUCUGCAAGACAGACCCUAUAG